UUGGCAACACUAGAGUAACUCUUUUCGCUCUUGGAUAAAAGACUUAUUUAUAGCCGCUUUAAUGGCGUUAACAAUUACCAAAUUUCGAAAUUCGAGUGGGGUGGUGGUGGCCGCACAGCCCACUGUGGUUUUGCACCCGAAAACACUAAAUUCCCAGAAUAACACAAAGAAAACUUUUGCAAAAUUGGAGCCGGGAAAUGCCACAGUGAGGGUAACUGCAGGCGGCAUAGUUCUCAACAAAAUACCAGCGCUCAUAAGGCCAAGUAUGAAGAGAGCAGCAACAACAACGAUAACUGGAGCCACGGCCGCGGGAGCAACAACAACAACAGCGCCAACUGGUACAGUGGGAUAUCCCGUGCUCAAAACACCCAAGUAUGUGAUUCAGACUGGUCCCAGUGGAUCCUCUGGCCAUCAGCUCCAGAUGCUGGCGAGAAAGGACACACAAAGCCUGGGAGUGGCCAUCAAUUCACUGCCGCCGAACACGAUCAUCAAGGCAACCACAAGACCUGCACAAACAACGCCCUUGACUCCGAUCUCAGCGGUUGUCACUUCCUCGUCAACCACACCGAGCAGUAGCAGGACAUCCACUCAGUCCACACCAACUGUGGCAGCUGAUUCGAGAGUUUCCUCCGCCGUGCGACAAGCUGUGUUCAUCAAGAGGGAGCUACCGCAGCCGCAAAGGAGCAUGCGAAGUAUGACACUUGGUUUGGUGGAACAAGCGCCCCUGCUUCAUUUGGGUGUGGCUCCAGAGCACCUGGCCCUGCUGAAACGCCAUAUCUGCCGCAAUGCCAAUGUCACCCACCUGGACUGUUGCUUGACUCUGAGGAAACUCAAACAAAACGAACAGUUCGCCCUGUUGGCCGAGCACUUUGAGCUGAGCGAAUCAGAUGCCGAGGACACCUUUAAGCGCACACUUAUCAAGCUGGCCCGUUACCUCCGUCCACUGAUUCGGUGGCCAGAUGCACGGCACCACAACGAGCGCUUCAAGCAUACCCCGCUGGACUAUCGAGCCAACCUGCUGCAUGUACGCUCGUUGAUCGAGUGUGUGGAAACGGCUGUGCCGAUUGAUCUGGGAUUGGGCAGCGACAGCUAUAAGUUCAUAUUAUGCAUCAAUACGAAUGGCAUUAUAAGCUAUGUGUCCGGCGCCUUCCCGGGCAGUUGCGAUGAUCUUCAGUUGUUCGAAGCCAGCAGAUUUCGAGAUGUCAUUCCCAAGUACCUGACACUUUGCGCGGAACCAGGCAAAGCAGUACACCGUGUUCGUAGGUCGGGCGGCGGAGAUCCUCACGAUUCGGCGGAUGAGGAUGAGGCGGCGGAAGAACCAAAGCGAUCCCUUACCAAAUUCGAGGCCCAGCGUUUGGGUGGGCAGCUAGCAAACCAGCAAUCCCUAUCCGUUGUAGAUGGAGCACUGACUUCCAAGCGGGCUCCAGCGGUUCAACUACCGACAUUCAAUGCCCAAGAACCCGCAUGUAGAGCCCAAAUGAGGGAUAUGAUCGAUUGUUUUAGGGAAUUCCGGAUGCUGGAUAAUUCAGCUAUUCAGCAAAAGUCAUUGCUGGGAUAUCUUGAUGAAAUGAUCGUGGUCGCUGCUGCUUUAUGCAACCUUAAGCGCCAGGAGUUGCAAUCCUAAAUAACAAAUACAAUCCGUGGAGGUCUGUUUUAAGGCCAACAAAUACUAGAAAUAAGCCCCUUUCGUUUUGUUAAUACCAUGAAACAAUUAACUUCUAACAAGUAAUAGGAAAUUGAUAGGAUACAAUUUAAGUACUUCGAAGAACGAAAUAUAAUUGGUCGUCUAAAAGAGUUAA